AUGCAGGCCUUGCAGCUGGUGCAGCGCGGCAGGGCGUCCGCGCCGUCGCGAGGCACCGGGCGCGCCGCUUUCGUCGUGCGCCCCUCGGGGCCGCGAAACCCGAGCGCGGCCCGCCCUGUCGUGCGCGCAGCGGCCACGCCCGGAGCCCGAUGCGAGGCCAAGGCUAAGCUCCUCGCGGUGCUAGCAGACACCGAGCGUGGAUACAAGUGCCCGCCCGAGGUCCUGGACAGCGUCGAGGCAGCGGUGCAACGCCUCGAGAAGAUCAACCCGACGCCCAAGCCGCUGGAGAGCCCUCUCAUCAGCGGCAAGUGGAAGCUCGUCUUCACCACGUCCCAGUCCAUCCUCGGCGCGAACCGCCCGGAAAUCCUGCGCCCGAAAGGCCCGACGUAUCAGAUCAUCGACGGCGAACAGCUGCUAGCGCAGAACCUGGAAGGACCCCCCUUCUUUUCCGAAGUCAAGGCCGACCUGACCCCGCGCGACGACGCCGCCACGGUCGACGUGCAGUUCACGUGGUUCAAGAUCGCCGCUCUGAUUCCCAUCAAGGCGCCCGAGUCAGCCAAGGGGUUCCUGAAGACGACCUAUCUCGACGAGGAAAUGCGGAUCAGCCGUGGCGACAAGGGCAACCUCUUUGUGCUGCUCCAGGACGGGCCGAAGACGCGCGUGCGGCGCGGCCCGCUGCUGUGA